CAGCGUGCAUUUCCCACAGAUUUAGAAACUUCUGGAGCUGGAAGAAAGUUGGAUCUCAGAGUAGUCGGACACAGCCUUUGGAAAGAGAAAAGUGUUUUACUGAUAUGGAACAAUCUUCAAGAUAUAUUAAGAGAAUAAAAGCAAGGGGAAAUUUGAGAUUAUGAACAUGGACAUGAAGGAGGGGACAACCCUGAAGAUCAAGGGCAAGAUCGCAGAUGAUGCUGAUGGCUUUGUGAUUAAUCUGGGCCAGGGGACAAAUAAACUGAACCUGCAUUUCAACCCACGUUUCGGUGAAUCCACUGUUGUCUGCAACUCACGGGAUGGCAACAGCUGGGGGCAGGAGCAACGGGACAGUCACAUGUGCUUCAGCCCGGGAUCAGAGGUCAAGCUCCUCGUGACCUUCGAGAACAACGAAUUCAAGGUGAAGCUGCCAGACGGGCACCAGUUGACCUUUCCCAACAGGCUGGGCCACGACCACUUGAGCUACCUGAGUGUGCAGGGCGGGUUCAACAUCUCCUCCUUCAAGCUAGACUGAGGGCGGCACCUCGCCAGAACGCAAGACCCCGGAGCGGAUUCCCGCUCCUGACCCCCAGCUACCGCCAGUCACGCGGAAUCAGCAGCCCUUGGGUCCCAGCUUCCCAUCUGUUGUUCCUAACCCUCUGCGCUCAUCCCCCAAGGCUAAGAACCAACAAAAGAAUCCACCUUUAUAGAGUCUUUCCGUGGUAGGAA